UCGCCCCCCUCUCCAGUCACCUGAUUCUCAUACUGCCAUUUUGCGCGGAGCGUCCGACCGUUAACUAAAGGAAAUUGGAAUUGUUGCUUCAUCAAAGAUGUCAUCGAAGAGAUGCCGAUUUUUCACAUUUAGGACCACUGCUGCAACUGUUCGACUGGGAUAAUAACAACCUAAUAUUUCGUAUUCUCAAUAGCGCAUGCAUUUAUAUAACACGUAAGAGCGCCGAAGGAAUUUGGAAAAUGAUGCUUGGUAUCAAAUUCCGUGAUGCACCGACUCCGCGCAUGUAAUGAAGCAGGGCGAGAUUUUCCGCGGCUAGACAUUAAGAACGCUCCGAAUUUUAUUUUCGUUCGCCGAUAUCGUAGUUAGCUUCGUUCUUCAAACAGCAUUUACAUGGUUAACCGGCAACACCGGAGGCUAGCGAGUAACAUAGUGUCCUUUUUGCGCGUGCUGAACUGGUAGGCCUAUUUAAAUAACGAUCUGUCAUUAUAUUAUCAUCGUUUCAGCGCGCGGUGAUUGCCGUUAUCUGAAUGUCAGAUCAUCCUCGCCCGUGUCCGGUUCGUAUCAGGGUAGCGCUCUCCGCAAGACCGACUAAGCCCACGGAGCGGGCUCCCACACACCCCUGCAGUGAAUAGAUCUGUUUGAAAGACGAUUUAUUGAAAAUCGUAAUAUGUCGGGACAGUCCAUCACGGACCGGAUCGCCGCGGCUCAGCACAGCAUGACCGGAUCUGCCAUCAGCAAAGCCGUGUGCAAGGCCACGACGCACGAAGCCAGCGCGCCCAAGAAGAAGCACCUUGAUUAUCUAAUGCACUGCACCAAUGAGCUGAACGUGAAUAUACCUCACUUGGCUGACACAUUGUUUGAGAGGACAGCAAAUCAAAGCUGGGUGGUGGUCUUUAAAGCUCUCAUCACUACACACCACCUCAUGAUGUACGGCAAUGAGAGGUUUAUUCAGUACCUUGCAUCAAGAAGCACACUCUUUAACUUGAAUAAUUUCAUAGAUAAAGGCGCAUUACAAGGUUACGAUAUGUCCAUCUACAUUAGACGUUACAGCAGGUAUCUGACUGAGAGGGCUCUGUCCUACAGACUCGUCGCAGCUGAUUUCACCAAGAUGAAGAGAGGGACGGAUGGAGUGAUGCGCACUAUGAGCAUAGAAAAGCUGAUGAAGACUCUACCUAUCAUUCAGAAUCAGCUGGACGCCCUUCUGGAUUUUGAGGCCAGCUCUAAUGAACUGACCAAUGGGGUGAUCAAUUGUGCCUUCACGCUGCUCUUCAAGGACUCUAUCCGCAUCUUUGCUGCUUACAAUGAGGGUGUCAUUAAUCUGCUAGAGAAAUAUUUUAAUAUGAAGAAGAAUCAAUGCAAAGAGGCACUGGAAAUAUACAAGAGGUUUCUUAUCAGGAUGACCAAGCUCUCAGAGUUUCUCAAGGUGGCAGAGCAAGUUGGAAUUGAUCAGGUUGACAUCCCAGAUCUCUCACAGGCCCCCAGCAGUCUCUUAGAAGCUCUGGAACAACAUCUGGCUUCUCUGGAGGGCAAGAAAAUAAAAGAGGCCUCUACUGUCAGCAGGGAGGUGGAGGGACUACAGCCUGCAAAGGCUGUUCAGCUCAAAGACAUUGGCAUGCAGACCCCAACAAUAUCCCCCAGCGGCCAUUCUGUGGGCAGUGCCAACAGUAGCUGCGCCAGCAGUGGUGCCACCGAGCUUCUGUCCAGUCCACCUGAUCUAACCAUCACAAACGGAGUGCACAACUUCACCAAUGACCAUUUUGAUCUCCAACACAAUUCCAGCACCCCUGCUCAGACAACCACCCUCCCAGCCAGCAACAACAGCUGGGGAGGAGCACUUUUGAAGCCCACCCUCUCCUCGCAGGUCCAAAGUCAAGGCACACAGCUCUACAAUGGAGGAAAAUUACUUACUAAUGAUCUGGACUCAUCCUUGGCCAAUCUCAUGGGCAAUUUACAUUUUGGAGGACCCCCAGUCAAAAAGCCAGAAGUUCAGUGGACUCACUUUGAGAAGAAAUCGUCAGGAGGUUCCCACUGGCAGUCUAAAGCCAUGAAUGGCACGGCACCCUGGAGCCACACGCACCUGGCCCCUGCUCCCAUACCGAUGCCACAGAUGAAUGGAAUGAUUUAUACUGGCUAUGUAAGUCCUGCUUGUACAUUUCCAAUGACAACCCCCCAAGUGCCUGUGUAUGGGAUGAUUCCUCCUCCUGUGGGCCAGAUGGGGUCAAUACCCUUAAUGGCUCCCCAGCAUGUGAUAUAUAACCAGCCCAUCCUGCGCACCACCAAUCCUUUCACCCCAAUCCCUGGAGCUCAGAUGCACUUCAUGUAGCACUGAGGAGCAUGAUGAACUGACACAUACGCCCAAGGAAAAACAUCAACCAAUCCAAAACCAAAAAUGGCAAGGGAGACAUAAGAAACGGUUUAACUGGCUCAAAGAGACUGAAUAUGUUCAUGUGGCAUUUCCCCCCUUAGCCUGUGUCUUUGUAUCAUACCCCCUUCAUCCAGCUACAUAACAGUCCUCCGUCAUUUUACAUGUUACCUUUAAUUUUUAAGUGUCAAAAUUUAGUGUUUUUAGGCAGCCCUCUUUGAUGAUGUCACUGGCUGAUGCAAACGGAAUGACAGUGUACAGUGAAUUGCAGUGAAAUGAAAAUUUGUCAUGAUGUCAAGCCCCUUCCCCAUCCCCUCCCGUUUGGAAAAGUGAUUGUUGUAAUUGUGCACACUUGAAUCAAUGUUUAUAAUGUCUAAACCAAGCCACGGUUUUGUAUGCACAUUGCCUGAAUAGUGUUUCAAAUCAACCACUGUCAAUGUUGAUUGUGCCACAGCGGCUGGCAUCUCAAUUUCUUGAGUCUUGGAGAAAUGUGUACAGGUCACUUUUCGUACAUUUGUCUCGUCCCCAAACAUUUUGGAUUUCACCUUAAAAGUUCGAUUUGUUUCUACAUGACUUGUAAUGCCUCAUUCAGGUAUGGUAAGGUAUGGCUGUUUGGAUUAAAGUAAAAUACAGCAGUA